AUGGUCACCACCGAAAUGCCUUCCGGCUGCAGUAUCUGUCGCAAGAAGGAAGGUCUUCUCGUGUGCUCUGGCUGCAAGGUGUUGCCUUACUGCAACCGCGAUCACCAAAUCGCUGAUCGCCCCGCCCAUAAAUCUGCUUGCAGCGCCAUCAGAAGAGCACGUGUCAAGAUGGAGAAAGAGGAGCAGAUCCUACGAAAUCAUCCUGGAAAUAUUAUGAUGUCUGCAGAUCCUUUCACCAACAGUGUCGGUCAUUUCUGGGGUGUGUUGGAAACCCGCGACUAUAUGCGAGCGCGGCUCACACUGGUCCGGGCUAUGGAAGAUGUCAACCAUUCCCAAUCUGCCGAAGCGCGACUGAACCACUUUAUGGACAUGCUACGUUUGUGCCGCAGUGAUAACAUGGGCGUGCGAGAUAUUGUGCCUGGGCUCAUGCUUCGUCUCAACAAGGACCAAGAAUGCUACGACUUCAUUAGAUGGUGGCAAGUCGUCAAUGAAGAUUCACGGUACGAUUGGGGAAACAUUGAUCUUCCUUACCUCGAUGUCAAAAACGCCGACGUUUUCGAGCCUGUGAAGGCAUUCUGCGGAAACUUCCCUGACCUCAGUCACUUGACAUGCCUGUGCCUUUUGAAGAUCAAGUUGCUCUUCGAGGUUAUGAGGCUGCAACAGUCGACUGCGAGCUUGGGCUUGGUCUUUCCUCGCGAGAUCCUGGAUCUGAUUCAACUGUCAGUCCCUCGGAGCUCCGUCGUGCGUGCGUCCCACGACAUCAUGUUUGGUGAUAGUGAUGUCCGCGAGGCAAUCAUUGACAAGUUGAAGGUGCAAAUCAAUAUCAUAUUCAGCGCAGUCGAGAAGGCUAAUGAGCAUUUCUGGCCCGCUCUUAUCGAUCCUUACAUUGAUUUGACUGAAAAUCCCCAGUUCUACUCAGCUGGUAGCGUGGAGGAAAUGCUCCUAGUCCUGCAAUACAACCGCGAUGCUUGGCUUGAGACACCCGGAGCUAUUGACUUCAUCAAGGUAAAGGUGAAUGGUGGCUUCUGA